AUGGCCCAAGAGGAAUCAACAAACACAAGGGUUAAUCCACUAGGCGACGACGAUGCAGUAGGUUUGGCAGAACAAUAUCGUAUGGAGCGUAGGGAGGGGCAAGGAGCGAGUCAAGUUGUGCGAGCUCGCCCCAGGACAAUGAUCUCGGCCACAAGACCAAUUAGCCAGGUGGAGCCGAACCAUUGGUACACCAAGCCAAACAGAUCCGUACUGACAGUGGAGGAGCUUGAGGGAAUAAGGAAGAAGUAUCAAAUUCCGUCGGAGAUAGGGCUAAGACUACCCGAAUCCACGAAGAGGGCAUCAGAUGUGCGACCGGGCGAGUUCAGUUUGUAUGAGGAGGCGCUGCGAGGGGGCAUCCGAUCAGCAGGAGAUCUGGGUCACCUUGUAAGCGGUGGCGGGGCGAGGGCUGGUGGCGGGUCUCCCAUCGUCGGUGAAGGGAUGGAGGCCGAGAUGGUUUUUUGUAAUAAUGAACGGUGGGGAAGGAAUUCGCGCGACAUGGAAGGUGCCCACCAAAUCAGUCGAGCCCAAAUUGGACAAGGCGGCGGAGGACCGAGUGAAGAGGGUGAGGGAAUGAAGGGAGGAAAAGGGAGUGAGGAUCCAGCAAGGGAGGAGUUAGAGGCGCAAAGGAAGGCAGGGGAGGAGGAGGAGGAGGAGGAGAGGAGGUUGUUCGCCCGAGCGGACAAGUACAAGGAGACCCAACUGGGGCCUGCUCCGAAGUUGAUCGCGAGGGAACGUAUCCGACCGCGCCCUAAGCCGCUAGGGGAGAAGGACUUGGGCAGUUUUGAGCCACGACCGCCCCCAGUUGAUCCAGUGAAGGAAAGGGCGAACAAGAAGGGGGAGGCUCUGAAAAAGAAGAAGAAAAAGAGGAGUGUCCCUGAGGGGGCUGCAGAUGCGCCUGGAUCGAAGAAGGCGAGGGUCGGUGGGGAGGACACCCCUAUGGCUAAGGAAGUAGGGGAGAAAGAAGUGAGGGUGACCCCAGAAACAGUGGUUGUCCCAGAGGUGCAAGGGGACAAAGGUCAGGGAGACCAGGAGGGAGAAACACACAUGAGUGCCAUGCCAAAGAUGCAAGUGGAGAGUGGGUCAGCCGACCCUGAGGAAGUGAUGGAGCAGCAACCUAAGGGGGGCCUGCGCCCCAAAGAGAGGUGGUCAGGUUGA